GAUUGGGAAUCGAAGAAGAAAGUAUCGUUUAAUGGGGAUUGAAGUUCCACCUCCAAGGGGAGGCCCUGCUGAUUUUUCUGAGCAUCCAGAGUCCGGUUCUUUGUCUGCAAUCACAACAAGAGAGGAAGCUGGUCCUGAAGUAGAAGAAGAUAAUGACAGAAAUGAUGAAGCAUCCAUCUGUUUGUCUGAAGGAAGCUCUCAAGAGUCCAAUGAAGUUGUUCCUAAUGAGACAAGGGCUGAUAAGGAGGAGGACCACCAUGCAGUAUCCGAAGAUAAUGUGAAAAUAGAAAUUAUUGACGAUGAAGAAAGUGACAUGAUAAGUAAUUCUGAAGUAGAACAAGUGAAUUCUUUCUUGGAUUAUAAGAAUGAAGAAGUCAGAUUCAUUGAAAAUGAGCUAGAGAUUCAAAAGCAAAAAUACUUUAAACUUCAGACAUUUGUUAGAAGCCUGAUACUAGCUAUGAAAGCUGAGGAUAAGAAACAACAGCAGGCACUGCUGUCAGAUUUACCUCCUGAAUUAGAAGAGAUGGAUUUCAAUCAUACCUCGCUGGAGCCUGAUGAUACCUCAUUCAGUGUAUCUUCUUUAUCAGAGAAAAAUGCCUCAGACUGUUUGUGAUUUGAGGGGGGUGGUAUAUGAUACAGCCUUUACGCUGCCUAACAGGCAUGCAUUCUGAUAACUGCAUUCUGUUGCCCUGAAAUUCUUCAAUUGGAAAAACAUAUUGUUGAAACCAAUAUAUUCUGUUAAGAAUGGACAA